UCUACACAAAAGGUGUGUCAAUUCCUGAUACUUUCAAGUUCCCUUCUACAAAAAUAGCUGAUAAAAACAGAUGCUUUCGGAGAGAAUGGAUCUCCAAGUAUCCAGGCUUAGUUUAUAGCAUAGAGGAGGAUGGAGCAUACUGUCUUCAUUGUGUUUUAUUUGAGAAGGAACCUGAAAAAAGAGGCAAACUUGUCAAUGCCCCUUUCAAAAACUGGAAAAAGGCAUUGGAAGUAUUUGAUGAACAUUUUUGGGGGAAAAGUACCAAAAGUUUAAAACGAGGUGGUACAGGUUAUCAGAGACACAUGCAGUGUGUAACAAAAGGUGAAAUGUUUGUUCAGCAGGUCAAUCAACAGACUAAUGUACACAUGACCAUGAAUCAUGGUUUAGAGAGCCGCAAGGAGAAAAAUUUGAUGGUUUUGGAAUCAAUUGUAAAGACCGUCCUUAUUUGUGGAAGACAGAACUUUGCUCUUCGAGGCCACAGAGAUGAUGCAAAGCACAUUGUAAAUGGAAAUACUGCAAAUAUUGGAAAUUUUCAAGCACUUUUGGACUUCAGAAUAGAUGCUGGUGAUAACUUUCUUGUAGAACAUUUCAAAACAGCCCCCAAAAAUGCUACAUACAGGUCAAAGACUGUUCAAAAUGAAAUUAUUGACAUUAUAGGAAAUAUCAUUAGAUCAAAAAUAAUCAAAGACAUAACAGACAGUGGAGGGAUGUUUUCUGUAUCUGCAGAUGAAGCUAGAGAUGUAUCCAACACUGAACAGUUAGCCGUGUGUCUACGUUUUGUUGAUUUGGCAGGUGUCAUUAGAGAAGAGUUUGUUGACUUCAUAGAAGUGAGUGAUGAUACAAGUGGAGAGAGACUAUCCAAUGAGCUACUGAAGCUGCUUCCAGAAAUGGGACUAGAUUUAAAUCUGAUGAGGAGCCAAUGUUAUGACGGCGCAGGUAAUAUGACUGGACAUUUGAAAGGAGUUGGUCCCAGAAUUCAAAGGAUAUACCCAAAGGCAUUACACUUUUGGUGUACAGCUCACCAGCUAAACAGAUGUAUAGUUGCUGCUGCUAACAUUCCAUGUGUCAGGAAUAUGAUGGGAACUGCAGAUAAGGUAGUCAAGUUCUUUAAUUGGUCUCCUAAAAGGCAAUCAUUCCUAGAGGAUCAGCUUCAAAAUUACAGAAAUGAAACAAAAAGAAUGAAAUUGAAGGAGUUAUGCAGAACAAGAUGGGUAGAAAGACAUGAUGCCUUUGAGAUUUUUUGGGAUUUCCUUCCAGCAAUAAUAGAAACCAUGGAAAAGAUCAAAUCAGUGGACAAAAGCCCGGUUGCAAUAAGUGACACACAAAGCCUAGAAAACAACAUUACAUCCUGUCAAUUUCUAGUCUCCCUGCUUGUGACAAUGAGAUGUAUUGGAUACCUAAAACAACUUAGUACAUCACUUCAAGGUAGAGCUGUUGAUGUUGUGAGUGCUCUUGAGUCAGUUAGCCUUGUCAAGGAAGCUUUACAGGAUGUUAGAGACAAUAUUGGUGAAUUUCAUGCUAAGUGGUAUUCAGAAAUAUUGAAGUUGGCAGAUGAGUUAGAUGUAACCCCAUCUAAACCAAGAACAUGUGGGAGGCAGACAAAGAGAUCAAAUGUGCCAUGUGAAUCAACAGAGGAUUAUUACAAGAAAACAAUUGCUAUCCCUCUGCUUGAUCACAUGUUAACAGAAAUGAACUCAAGGUUUGGUGACCUGCAAAUCAAGGCAUCCAUGGGACUUCAGGUAAUACCUGCCAUGAUUUCUCAAUCCUCAACUAAUGAUUUUGAGUACUUUGUGGAUGAUUUACCAUCUCCAUCAACACUGGAGCAAGAAAUGCAUAUGUGGAAGUUGAAAUGGGCAAAUGAGUCUGAUCCACCUUCAGAUAUAAACACAGCAUUACAAAACUGUAACUCUAUUAUAUUUCCAAAUGUGCACCAAAUUUUGAAAAUUUGUGGAAUAUUUCCAGUAACAUCCUGUGAGUGUGAGAGAAGUAUCAGUAGACUGAGACUUGUGAAGACAUACUUACGAUCAACAAUGUCAACAAGCAGGUUAUCUUCCUUAAUCAUGAUGUAUGCCCAUAGGAACAUUACUGUAAAUCCAAAGGAGGUGGUGAUGCAGUAUGCAAGGAGAAAUCCUAGGAGAAUAGUGCUACCAGACAUUCUUGUAGAUUAACUUUAUUAGACAUACUCUAUUGUACACAUGCUUAUAUGCCUCUUAUUUCAAUUAACAUAUAUACAUAUCUAUACAACUCUUUAAAUUUUUGUCAUGGUGCCCCCCCAGUCAUAGAGGUU